GUGACUAGCACUAAGUAAUUAUCAUUUUCUCUCAAAGUCUCAACCUUCACACACUUGCUCAAAAUUGUCUUAAAAAAGGUAACAAAUAUAUAGUCGACCGAAUUAAAUAUAUAAAAAGAAUCUCAUUACAAUCGUGUUUCUUAAGAAAAAAGAAAAAAAGAAAAGAAAGAAAGAAAAGAAAACAUACACACGCACACAUAUUACGCCAUAGACAACUUGUUGUCAUUGAUCUUACCACCCAUCAAAAUAUCUGUCCUCUAUAAAAAGCCUUACAGAAAGCAUCCCAUCUCCAUUCAAGAAGAGACCCAUCAAUAGAUCCUUUCCCUUUACUGUAAUCUUCUUCUUCUUCUUCUUUUCUCUGUGUAUAAGCAAAUUAGCGUCGUCUUCACAAAAUGGUUUCGGAGGUCAAUAAGGAUGAUCCGUGCGUUGUCUUGACGAAGCCUUUGUCAUUAGACGGUGAUUCUGACGUUUAUCGAGCUCCUAAUCUUGUUCGACGGAUUUUAAGUCUAUUUAAAAAUAUACGGCCAGGAUCUGAUCUCACCAACUUUCAGCUACCACCUCUUUUCAACAUUCCAAAGUCACACCUCCAGUGUUACGGUGAAUCUGUGUAUUGUGUAAGUAAAGAUUUGCUGCAUAGUUGCAACAAUGCAGAGAACCCAUUAGAUAGAUUUGUAGCAGUAGUAGCAUGGUGCAUCUCUGUUCCUCGUCCUGCUAUCUUUGGUGCUGCCCCUUAUAACCCCAUUCUUGGAGAGACUCAUCAUGUCUCUAGAGGAACCCUCAAUGUUUUACUUGAACAGGUUUCACAUCAUCCACCAGUAUCUGCACUCCAUGCAACAGAUGAGAAGGAGAACAUUGAGAUGAUUUGGUGCCAACAUAUAGUUCCCAAAUUCUAUGGUACUAAAGUGGAAGGUGAGGUACAUGGAAAAAGACAGCUUAAGCUGCAUAAGCAUGGAGAAACAUAUGUGAUGAAUUCACCAAAUCUUUUGAUAAAAUUUCUUCCUCCUGGUCUCGACUGGGUUGGCACCGUUAACAUCCAUUGCCAAGAAAGUGACCUUGAAGCUGAAUUAUGUUUCUUAACUACUUCUUUCCUUCGGCGGAGGGAACCCCACUCCAUAAAGGGAAGGAUCUACCAAUCCUCUUCUUCCAAGACUCUUUAUGAGGUUAAUGGUCAUUGGAACAGCAUUGUGACAGUGAAAGACAUAAAUAAUGGCAAAGAGUCGGUCAUAUACAAUGCAAAAGAAGUAAUCUCAGGGUUAAAAUGCCCGGUAGUUAAAGAUCCUCAGGGAAUUUUGCAAAGUGAAUCAGCUGCAGUGUGGAGUGUGGUUAGUGAAGGCAUCCUCACCAAAAAUUGGGAGAAAGCAAGAGAAGCAAAGAGAGGUAUAGAGGAAAGACAGAGAGAGGGUGUUAGAGAAAGGAACUCAAGAGGAGAAACUUGGGUUCCUAAAUAUUUCAAUGUAUUUUAUAGUAAGGAAGGUGGUUGGGACUGCUCACCAAUUCAAAAAUUGGUUCCACCAGCACCCAUUAUUGUCCCUUUUUGAUAAAAAUGUAAUGAGUACAAUCAUUUAAUGGUUGUUUAACCAGAGACACCAUUAUUGUAGCAUUUUUCUCUUUUUUCUUAUUUUUAUUUGUUGAAAGUAUAAAAAUAUUACAAUUGAAUUUUAGUUA